AUGCCUCGUCAACGAUCCGUCGGCCGCGCUCCUUCGCGCCCUACUGCUGCUGCUCCCAAGCCUGCUCCUCAGCAGACUCGCCCUGCCACCACCCACGCUGCUCCUCCCGCUGCGGCUCACCCUCCCGCCCAGGCCAUGCCUCCUCAGGCUGCCGGUUCUCAGGGCCCUGGACUGUUCGGUCAAAUGGCCAGCACUGCUGCUGGUGUCGCUAUCGGUUCCUCAGUAGGCCACGCCAUCGGCGGUCUCUUCUCCGGCGGUUCCUCCGAGGCUGCUGCCCCCGUCCAGGCCCAGGCCGCUCCUCAAGAGCAGUCCUGGAACCAGAACAACUGCGCUGGUGUCGCGCAGAACUUCACAAAGUGCAUGGAUGAGAACAACGGAAACAUGCAGAUCUGCAACUGGUACCUUGAGCAACUCAAGGCUUGCCAAGCCGCCGCUGGUCAGUAA